ACGCAAUUUGUUUCUUGUUUGGAUUCCAUAAUUCAUAUAUAAACACCAAACUUCCACAUAGUCAUUUCCAAAGCAAUUAUAUAAAAACGAAGUGCUCAAGGAAAAAAUAAGUCAUCUGCUUGAUUUUGAAAGAUGUCUUUUAGACUAGCCCUAUUCGUCGUGGCUGUGUUGUCGUUAGCUCCCAUCAUUUGUGAGAGCACUUCAAUGGAUAUUGUGAUCGAAGAUGCCGAGGAUGCCUCGGUCGAGAUAGCUUACGAGUCAGAAAAAGAACGAGACGAGAGAACACGACUUUGUGACAAGGUGAAGAAGAAGGCAGAGGAGAUCGUGCUGCAGGCGAGUGAUGGCUACGACGAGAUCACCAUCACCAGUCCCUUGGUCACCCCUGAAGUACACGUGUCCAUCGACUACAUCAUCUCACAGGCUACAGGAAUAAUCAAUUUGGCAGAUGAUUGCAUUGAGAAAAACAACAAAAGCGACGAUCAGAUUCGAGACAAAUUAGCAAUAAUCGAAACAGAAUUAACUGAGCCAAGCUCGGUUGAUGAUACAAAGGACGACGUGAAAGACCUCGACUGCCUUCUCGACUGCUCGGCCAAAGACUUCGCAGAUAUUUCCGAGUCGUUUCUGGAGAAUGCCGAGAACAUCAUAACGGCUGGCCGAGACAUGUUUAACAUGGUGGAAGAAGACAAUCAGUCAACUUACGAGUCGCAACGAGACGCAAAAGAUACCAAAGAGGAGAUCAAAGCUCUGUGUUAUGAUAUAAUCGAUUACGCAACCGAUUUGUCAGGCUCGACUGAUGACUUUGAGGAGAAUGUUCUGGAAGGCGUCGAGAAACUGGAAGUUGCAGUUGAUGUAAUUCAAGCUGAAAACUCAGAAUAGGUUCUUCAAUUCUGGUUUUUGGGUUGCUUAUCUUUCUUUAUAUACAGGUCUGGAUUUAUCUAUCAAACUAAUAUAUUUUUCCCCACUAUCGAUGUAUAAUAAACUAUAUGGAGUCUCUAAUAUAUAAAAAAUAU